CUUACUAAGGGCUCCAGGGCCCAGGGGUAGUUAUGAAUAAGGGUGACGAAUGGAUGCCAAGUUCCAGAGAGCUUGUGAGAAUGUCUCGUCCUGCUAACUCAGCCUCUUUACAGGUCACCUUUCUAUUGCUAUUCUUAUACUGUGACAUUCUUAGCUGGGCAGUGCCCACUGCUCCAGAGUAUUUGCAACGGGGCUGGCAGAGGCUGUUGGAGGAAGGGGAGAGCUGUGUGGAAUGUAGGUUUGAAGAAUGUCCCACACCACGUGGCUGCCUGGCUGGGGUGGUAAGAGAUGCCUGUGACUGCUGUUGGGAGUGUGCCAAUCUGGAGGGACAGAUCUGUGACUUGGACAAUACUAACCACUUCUAUGGAAAAUGUGGUGAUCACUUAGAGUGCCGCCUUGAUGCCGGGGACUUACGACAUGGUGAAGUACCUGAGCCCCAAUGUACUUGCCUGGCCAACAAGGCUCUCUGUGGCUCCGAUGGCAAAACUUACGCCCAGAUCUGCAAAUUCCAAGAGAUGCAAAACUCCCAUCCAGGGGCUAAUCUCACCAUGACCCAUGAAGGACCCUGUGAGUCAGAGCCCCACAUCAUAUCUCCUCCCUAUGACAUCUGGAACAUCACUGGGCAAGAUGUGAUCUUCGGCUGUGAAGUCUUUGCCUACCCCAUGGCAUCUAUCGAAUGGAGGAAGGAAGGGCUGGACAUGCUGCUUCCCGGAGAUGACCCCCACAUCUCCGUUCAGUUUAGGGGAGGCCCUCAGAAAUAUGAAGUGACCAGCUGGCUCCAGAUCCAAUCUGUGCGGGUUACAGAUGAAGGAACCUACCACUGCUUCGCAAGGAACAAGGUUGGGCAAGUAGCAGCUCUUGCCAACCUCAUGGUUCUCACUCCAGAUCAGCUAAACUUGACUGAAUUGGUUGUGCCCAAGAUACCCAGCCUGAGACAGGAUGAUGACGUGGAAAGUGAUGAGUCAUAUGACUAUUACUGACGCUGC